CCCCUCUCUCCAAACCCCUUCCAUUGACAUCAUCGACUAUGGCUCCUGCUCUCUCGCAGAAUGUAUCUUUAUUAAUAUUCUCCUACAUAGUCCCCACCUCCUACUUUGACCAGAUCAUCUUUGGAAAUUCAGUCGAUAUCGGCAUCUCUAUGACAACCCUGCACUGGUUACAUUCCGAGCACCCUGGUAUAGGCCAUUACUAUUUACCUCUACCAGACGCAGCCCUUAAAGAUGCGGAUGCAGAUUUGUCUACAUUUCUAGAGAAAAUAUCCCAUGAACAAUGAAAAUAUGACUUGUUGAUACUAGGUAUCAUAGAAGAACUUCAGCAACCUGGGCUCUAAAUACAUAACAUGGCAAUAACAGUGCUAAGAUUGAGCAUCGCACUAGCUAUGCUUGCAUUGAUUCU